AACAACUUGCAUCAACUCAAAGAGUUCUGCAACACAACAAACAAAUAGUACCUUUUUUUUUUGCAUUUCGAUCUCAGUAUUUGCAAGCUUUUCCCGGAAAAUGAUGAACACAAAGAAGAUCAUGAAGAUGGCCAAGAAAUGGCAACAAAGAGCAGCCUUGAGCAGGAAAAGAAUCUCAUUUCCAAGAUCAAUUACAUCUGCUAGCAGCUCAACCGCUGCAGAGAAGGGCUGUUUUGUGGUUUACACAGCUGAUAAACUCCGCUUUGCUUUUCCGAUAAGUUACCUGAGCAACUCUGUUUUCCAAGAGCUCUUGAAGAUCUCUGAAGAAGAGUUCGGCCUUUCAACCGGUGGACCAAUCACAUUGCCAUUCGAUCGGUUUUCUUGGAGUAUCUCAUUAAAUUGAUUCAACAACGAAUGGAUGGAGAGACAGAAAAAGCUCUGCUAAUGUCAAUUUCUAGUACUAAGUGUUCUUUGCAACAACAAGAAGAACAAAGUAGUACUAGUCAACAUUUGCUUGUAUUUUAUUUGCUUGUAUUUUAGAGUCUCUAUGAACAAAGAGACUAAUAACCGAUUUGUGAAUAUCAGAAUAUGUUUAGUUAGACUUUACUGAAAUACUAUAUAACA